AUGAAUCAUCGGGGAAUAAGAUCCGAAAACUCUAUAUCAUCGCCCGAAAACGAUCCCUAUUAUGGGAGUGAACGCGAGAAUUCGAGUUAUGAAAACUUUGAGCCUGAAUGCUACGAAACACAAACUGAUGACGAUGAGCAGCAAGUGAAAUAUAAUUCUCUGAGUCAAGGCGAAUUCCGGUAUGAACAAAUGAGGUACAAUCCAAAUCCUGCGGAUCAAUUUGACGAAGAAGCUGUUGAUCUCACGCAAGAAGAGUGUUGGACGGUCGUUUCUUCGUUCUUUGAAAAACGUGGCAUUGUCCGCCAACAAACUGAUUCGUUCGAUGACUUUAUACAAUCUGGUCUGCAAGAAGUCAUUGAGCAAAACAGAGAAGUGGUUUUGACCCAUAUGGAGGACGUGGACAACAUGGGAAACCAGAUAUGCAAACGGAUAAGAAUAGAAUUUGGUCAAUUACUUUUUGGAAAACCAACCAUUACCGAAUCUGAUGGAUCAACGAUGAGAUUAUAUCCUCAAGAAGCACGCCUUAGAAAUCUUACCUACGCUUCUCCACUUUUCCUCAAGACACGGAUUGGAGUAGCAUACGCCCGGGUGGAUGAUCUUAAUUAUAACAAAACAUGCGAUGAUCGGGAAGAGUUCUUACCAUGGAAGGAUGUUUUUAUUGGAAAGAUUCCUAUAAUGGUGAAAUCUUCGUACUGUUCGUUAUUUUCUCUGGACGAAGAUCAAUUGGCCGAUGUUAAUGAAUGUCCUUAUGACCAGGGUGGUUAUUUCAUUAUAAAUGGUUCGGAAAAGGUCUUGAUUGCUCAAGAGAGGCUAGCAAAUAACAUGAUACUUGUAUUCAAAACACCGCUACCAUCUCCUUAUGCCUACACCGCGGAAAUAAAAAGCUCGGCCGAGAAAGGAUUGGUUAUUAGAACCUUUACUCUCAAACUACUAGCAAAAACAUGGGAAUCAGAGGACUCGGAACAGUAUAUCCAUGCCAGUAUGCCUUUUGUCAAAAAGGACAUUCCAUUAAAGGUCUUGUUUGUUGCUCUUGGAGUUUCCAGUGAACAAGACAUUUUACAACUCACUGGAGCCAGUCCAGGAGAUAGUGAAUUUACAGAAGCCAUAAAACCGUGUCUGAGAGAAGGAUUUGCAAUUCAAACUAGACAGGUUGCAUUGGAUUAUAUCGGUAAGAGAGCAACGUCCCCUGGUACCCCUCUAGAGAAGCGUGUUUCGCAAGCUAAAAAGAUCAUUGAAAAAGAAUUCCUUCCACACAUUGGGGAUACAUAUGGUUUCGAAAAGCAAAAAGCACAUUUUUUAGGAUAUAUGGUUCGUCGACUUGUAAUGUGCGCACUGGGAAGGAAGGAAUUAGAUGACCGAGAUCAUUUCGGAAAAAAGAGACUUGACCUUGCUGGUGCCUUAUUGUCAAAUUUAUUUAACAAUCUCUUUAGAAGGAUGGUCAAAGAUAUGACUACUCAUAUAAAGAAGAUGCUCGCUGAUAAACGUGAAAUUAAUCUUGAGAUGAUCCUUAAGCCCCAGACCAUAACAAAUGGAAUGAGGUAUUCACUGGGAACCGGUAAUUGGGGCGAAUCGAAAAGGGCAAUGCAGUCAAGAUCCGGUGUUGCCCAAGUAUUAAAUAGAUUCACGUAUGUGUCCACAUUAUCUCACCUAAGAAGAUGUAAUACACCAAUUUCGCGUGAUGGAAAAGUCACCAGGCCGCGUUAUCUGCACAAUACCCAUUGGGGCUACCUCUGUCCAUCGGAAACUCCUGAAGGACAAGCAUGUGGACUCAUGAAGAACUUAGCCUUAAUGGCAUAUAUUUCUGUGGGUACACCAACAAGCAUAAUAGUUGAGCAUAUCAAUGCAACUGGAAUGAUGGAUUCUAUUGGCUUUCAAACUGAGAUGCGACAAGAGAUACAUUCAGCUACAAAAGUCUUGAUAAAUGGAAACUGGAUCGGGGUCACUGAUAGCGAUGUGCAUUUGUACAAUACUUUGAAGGACCUAAAAAAAAGUGGAGAUUUUCCCUUUGAUGUCAGCAUUGUUAACGACAUUCGUUCUAAAGAAAUUAGAGUAUACUCGGAUCCCGGAAGAAUUUGCAGACCCCUGUUUGUGGUUAAUGAUUCAAAAUUAGAAAUAACGCCAGAACAUGUGCGAAAGAUAGAAAGAAGUAAAUUGAGUGAAUUAGGAGAGGAACAAUAUGACUGGGAAGCCUUGGUUUAUGAGGGACUGAUUGAAUAUCUAGAUGCUGAAGAAGAAGAGUUUUCAUUGAUUUGUAUGACGCCCGAAGAUUUAAGAGAUUCAAGAGUUCGAUUUGCUUAUGAGUCCAUGGGCGUUAAACCUCCAAUGGUCAAGCAGAACUUAGCAGAACGAUCAAAAGCUCCAACCGCAUAUUCUGAUAGGUGGACGCAUUGUGAAAUUCAUCCAAGCAUGAUAUUAGGUGUUUCUGCUAGUCUUAUCCCUUUUCCCGAUCACAAUCAAUCUCCCCGAAACACGUAUCAAUCUGCUAUGGGAAAACAAGCUAUGGGAAUAUAUGCUACUAACUACCAGUCAAGAAUGGAUGUAAUUGCAAACAUACUUUACUAUCCACAGAAACCUCUUGUGACCACAAAGGUCAUGGAAUACCUUAAAUUCCGUGAAUUGCCUGCUGGCCACAACGCGAUUGUUGCAAUACUUUGCUAUGAAGGCUAUAAUCAAGAGGAUUCUAUAAUCAUGAAUCAGGGCAGUGUUGAUAGGGGUAUGUUUAGGAGUUUCACUUUUAAAAAUUAUCAAGAAAAUGACAAGCAAAAGGGAAUGUUGAAAUUCGAAGAGAUUAUGAAACCGACUGUUGAGAAUACUGUUGGAUUGCGACUUGGCAGUGCUGAUAAACUCGAUGUAGAUGGAGUUGUCGCACCAGGAACGUCAAUGGCAGAAGGGGACAUUAUAAUUGGUAAAACUACUCUCCUCACUCCCCAAAACGCAAUGCCCGGUCAAAAAGUAGAUGAUCAAACCUAUCGUAAUAUAUCAACAACACUGAGGCGUUCCGAAACAGGAUUCGUGGAUCAUGUUGUGAUCACUUCAGACCAAGAUUCCAUGAAAUCCGUCAAAGUUAGAGUUAGAAAUACACGUGUUCCCGAGAUGGGAGAUAAAUUUGCAAGUAGGCAUGGUCAAAAAGGAACCAUUGGAAUCUUAUAUCGCCAAGAAGAUAUGCCCUUCACUUGCGAUGGCAUAAUUCCUGAUAUCAUUAUCAAUCCACACGCCAUUCCUAGCCGAAUGACAGUUGGUCACUUAAUCGAAUGCUUGCUAGGAAAGCUAGUUGUCAUUACUGGAAACGAAGGUGACUCUACGCCUUUCACGGAUGUAACCGUAGAAUCCAUUUCAUCAAAGCUUAAAGAAUUGGGCCAUCAAUCUUAUGGAAACGAAGUAAUGUAUAAUGGAUAUACAGGAAAAAAAUUGAGAACUUAUGUUUUUAUUGGUCCAACUUAUUACCAACGGUUGAAACACAUGGUGCAUGAUAAGAUUCAUUCUCGCUCACGGGGUCCGCUCAACAUUUUGACUCGGCAACCAGUUGAAGGACGUUCUCGCGAGGGAGGAUUGCGCUUCGGCGAAAUGGAGAGAGAUUGUAUGAUAUCACAUGGAGCUUCAUUAUUCUUAAAGGAAAGGUUGUUUGAUGUUUCGGAUCCUUUCAGCAUCCAUGUGUGUGAUCUAUGCGGUUUAAUGGCAAUUGCAAACCCCUCAAAAGGAAUUUACGAGUGUAGGAUUUGCAAAAACUCUAUAAAGGUUUCCCAAAUUGAGAUUCCUUAUGCAUGUAAAAUGCUAUUCCAAGAAUUGAUGUCCAUGAACAUUUCUCCAAGAUUCACUUUACUAGUAGUGAUUUAUCUUAGCUUGUAUACUACUUUGGUCGUUACAAUUUUAGUGAUAGGAUCAGAAAAGACUUACGUAUUAGAUCAAGACUUAAGUGGCGCAACAAUGGCUGGAAAUAUGAAUUUUAAUAGUAAUAGUCCUAGAAACAG